UGCGCGCGUGUUCACGUGACCGUAAGUGCGCCUCGGAGGGAAGAAGCUGCAGAGAAGACGCCACCACUGCGGCGCCUUGUUGACUCUUUCCACUAGACUUUGGAACGCAAAGUUCAGAUUUGACAACUAAACGGGAUGUUUUCGCUCGGGGAGGCGAUGGAGUUUCUCAUUGGAAACGCCUUUUCAACACCUGUGGGUCAGAGAAUCGAGCGAGCGACCAGUGGCUUUCUGCAGUCAGAGGACUGGGGGCUCAACAUGGAGAUUUGUGACAUCAUAAAUGAGACGGAUGAAGGACCAAGAGAUGCAGUCAAAGCCAUUAAGAAGAGAAUUGUGGGUAACAAGAACUUCAGACAAAUCAUGUUGGCCCUUACAGUUCUUGAGUCAUGUGUGAAGAACUGUGGCCACCGCUUCCACGUUCUUGUGGCGUCGCAGGACUUUGUCGAAGGCGUUUUGGUGCGUGCCAUUUUGCCCAAACAUAACCCACCCACUGCCCUGCAUGACAGGGUGCUCAGUCUCAUACAGUCAUGGGCUGAUGCCUUUCGUACGUCGCCCUCCCUCGCGGGGGUGGUGUAUGUUUACGAUGACCUAAGGAGACGAGGUUUGGAGUUUCCCAUGACAGACUUGGAUGCGCUGUCGCCCAUUCACACUCCCAGCAGGACGGUCCCAGAAAUGGAGACACCUGAGACGACGGAAGUGUCUCCCCGUCAGUCACAACCACAAUCUCCUUCCAGUUGUCCCAGUCAAAAUACUUCACCUGUAUCUCAGCCUAUUGAGCAACCAAACACCCUCUCUGCAGAGCAGAAAGAAAAGCUACAAAGAGAGGUGGCGCUGGUCAAGGGAAACCUUACUGUGAUGUCCGAAAUGCUGAAUGAACUUAAACCCGGACAGAGCCCGCUAAAUGAUACAGAACUGCUACAGCAACUGUACUCAGUGUGUAAGAACAUGCAGACUCGAGUGGUGGAGCUCAUCCCUCAAUUGCAGGAUGAAGGACUCAUUGAGGAGCUUCUCGUGGUUAAUGAUGACCUCAACAAUGCUUUCAUUCGUUAUGAGAGGUUUGACAGACUAAACAAGGCACAAACUACAAAUGGCGAACAGCAGAGUUCUGUCAGCAGUCCAAACCUCAAAGACUUUACCCUGGAGCCUUCAACACUGAGCCAGCCUGCCGUCAUCACAGCAACCAGCCAACCCGAAGCCAACACACGAGCCAGUCACACUCAGUCGGUCAACCACAAAGAGGAGGAAGAGUUUGACAUGUUUGCCCAAACCCGAGGCAGUUCCUUAGCAGAGCAGAGAAAAAGCGUCAGGUAUGAGGAUCCAGGAGCUGUGGAGGGCCUUGCUGGGGCGCUGGACUCAAGGUUGCAGGUCACAGGAAGUAUGGUGCAAGUGAAAAACACACUGCAGAACAAUGUGGAUACAUGGCUGUCUUCUGAUAUGCAAGACCAGUCUGCUGUCAGUGAGGGAGUCUCCAGUGAAGAGUUUGACCAGUUUUUGGAGGAUCGAGCAACAGACCAGAGUAAUCGUACGACUUGUGACACAUUGCCCUCCACCUCUAGACUGCCGGCGCAAUCGGCAAAGCAACAGGACAGAUCACAUGACCAGCUUUUUUCACUCUAGAUUUUGGAGGCAAGCGCUUGUCAUCAAACUGAGAAACAGUUUAGAGAAACCGUGUCCUCUGCAGUGGACAUUUGUCUUCGGUGUAUUUCUUUUGUUGGAAAAAAAUACCGUUUUACACAUCCACUGCAAAGGGCGCUGGUUUUCAGGAGUGUAUACCUACAUCACAUACAUUUUGAUUUCACCAAGCAGUACAGUUCAUUUCAGUUUGUCACAAUAUCAGACCUGCGCACAUGUUCUUAUUUUUCGUACUCUGCACGUAUUCUGAUCCUACACUUUGCUGCUCUUGCACACAUCGGCUACACCUAUUCGCUCCUACCCCUAAAACCCUCUUGCUUAGCGGGAACACGCGCUUCCCAAGAAACCUAACAUUGUGAUUGCUCGGCUAAUAGAACAGUAUUUCCUGUGUGUAUACAACUUGUUUGUUUCGGAUCAACAUUUGCAAUGACUAUUUAACUGUAUCGAUUAGUUCCAGCUGCAACAACACUCCCAGUUUCUCCUUAAUUAGUCCAUCUCCGCGAACGCCCGCUCCGAUUCCAGAUCAACAUUUUCAAUGAAAAUGGCUAUUCUACUGCAUCAAUCAGUUCCAGCUGCAAUAACACUCCCGUUAUCUCUUUAAUUAGCCCAUUUUUGCAAACGUCAUCUCAGUCUUUUGAUCAACAUUUGCAGUGUAAAUGGUUAUUCUACUGCAUCAAUUAGUCACAGCUGCAAUAAUACUGCAAGUCUCUCUUUAAUUACAAAUGUUGGCUUGCAACAUAAGAUGCUAACAAGCUAAAUAUUUGACGAGAGUUGUGUUGCACACAGAAUUGACGUUGCGACAUCAUGAACUCAACCUUGAAUACGCGCUUUAAAACACACCUAGAUAUAAGCUGCACCUACUUAAUUUUUGUACAAAUUUUAUUUUGUACAUACUGUAUAUUAAGUUAAAAAGUUAAAGUGCCAAUGAUUGUCACACACACACUAGGUGUGGCGAAAUUAUUCUCUGCAUUUGACCCAUCACCCUUGAUCACACCUUGGGAGGUGAGGGGAGCAGUGGGCUGCAGCGGUGGCCGCGCCCGGGAAUCAUUUUUGGUGAUUUAACCCCCAAUUCCAACCCUUGAUGCUGAGUGCCAAGCAGGGAGGUAAUGGAUCCCAUUUUUAUAGUCUUUGGUGUGACUCGGCCGGGGUUUGGACUCACAACCUAUUGGCCACACAAGUCUAUUAGCCACAGGGGUGGACAUUAAAACGUGAAAUAUUUACACAGGCGCUUGUGUUCAUUCCCAAAUGUAACAAAAGACAGUUCCUGUAAUGGCAUACAAUACCUUGCUGUCUUUGUCCGUGUCUACCUGUUUCUCCGUGUUAGGGCUGCUGGAGUCAUCGUCUUUGGUGUCAGAGUUGAGGGGACUUUGGGUUGCGUUGUCAGGUGCUUUCUCUGCCUCGUUUUUGCUUUCACUUUCGUCUUGAGGCGGGUUGCCUCAAGGCUUGUACCGUCUUCGGCAUGCAGUGGUUGGUGGUAGUGUAUUACAGUGCGACAGCCGCUUCCUUUUUCGAUGGCCAGGUCGGUCGCUUUCAGUUUAGGGGCUGUGUCUUGCGCAUUUUGCCGAGUCCUAUUGAGGGUAAGUGCAUAAUGCACUAAAUGUCUUACUGAAUGAUCAAGUGUUUGAGUUAAAGAGAACACAUUUAUUUGUUCGGCAAUUUCGUUGGUCUGAUGUGACAAGGCUAAAUUUAUUGGUGGACGUUUGAAGCUUGUGAACCCGGCAAAAUUCAGAUAUUAGCCGCAGCAUUGUAUAAAGCACAGUGUUCAAAACUUGGGAAAAAAGUAGUGGCUUACUAUAUAGUCUUUAUAUUACAAUAUUUCACUGAUAGGUUCUACAUAAACAGAGGUAUGGGAAAUCAAAGCAUGCCCAAUGGGAUGUUGUCUGUGACAAUGCAUUUCUAGUUUUGAUACACUUUAGACAUUGGAAAUGCCAAAAAAUGAAAACCAUACUAAUGUGAAGUGAACUGUAUUGCUUGGGAGGCAUCUAUACGCUUACAGUAAGACCUGCACUACACCUCUGAUAACUCUGCUGUUUAUUAUUUACUUUAUGUGCAUUGAAAAAAUGUACAUGGCUGUAUUUAUGGAUUGCAUUAUUAUAAUAUUGAUUUAAUUGUUAGUGUUUCCAGAUUGUUUGAAAUAGUUUAUCACCAUUGUUUGCCUUUGGAUCUAUACUGUAGUUUUUAUACAGGCAAAAUAAAUGGGUCAGUGUG